UGAGGGCGUUGUUGACGGAUUGUGACAGGCUUCGGGAACGAGCAUCCUAUCGAUCCGAUUGACCAAUUCCCGCCUCUGGUGACACACCGCGGCGGCGGAGGAGGCGGCGGCACCGAACGGAUUGGGGGAAAGCAAUAUCGAUACAGAGGUGUGAAGUGAAGAAUCAGAGGAACUUGUCGUUAAUAAGACAAGGAAAGCGCUGGCUCUGGAGACGGGUGACAGCGAAUAUAUUCGAUCUUGUAAGGACGAAGCGGGGGAAAGGGCAACAAAGAAAGAAAGAAAAUUAGAGAGAAGACUCCGGGUGCAGGGCGGGAAGGAGAGAAGGUGCAUGUCCUUUGCAAUACUAUACGUACAUACCGUACUGUACAAUGUCUCCUCCAUUGGCGCCAGCAAGAGGCGCCAGGUCCAUGUCGACCUCUGCGUCCAUCCAACCAGGUCGUUCCCGAGAACAGCAAGAACGUCUCUAUCAACAACCCCCUGAAGGCCCAACGGCUUCUUUCUCUUCUUCUACUUCCUCCCCGCAGUUGCCCGAACUGCCUGAGUUUUCCGACUCAAUUGACCCCCUGGCGAGCUCUCCUCGCCCAUUGGCUCGCCCCGGAUUGGCUGAUCGUACACGGUCGGCACCAGCAGUCCAUCAACUGAGCUCGCCAUCUCUUCAUACUGCGUCUGCCGCACCGACUGGCACCGCUCACGGUCAUAGCUCCAGUAAUUCCGCAACAUUUGUACGCGAUGCUCCAGUCUCGCGGGGUUCUCACUCUUCACACCCUGCGGGGUUGGCCUCAAUACUGAAUACACCAAUACUAUCAAUCACAUCUGACGACAAUAAGAUUGUUGAAGAGAGCGUGGGCGCCGAGGAGAACAAAGCCGAUGUCAUAGUUUCCGGCGUUGAUGCUCAAACUAUUGAUGAUAAUCCAAGAGACGACAUCAAGGACGGUUUUGCCUCCGACAUGCGCGAGGUUCGGAUUGCCGUGGUAGGUGAAAGCGGGGUUGGCAAGACGACGUUUGUUCAGCGAGCGCUCGCCCUCAGUCAGCCUCCUCGCUCAACCAUUACAAGCAGACGCCUGUCGCUAAAUAAGGUUACGCACCAAGUGCGAUGUCUGGAAAUACGCUUGAACGACGUUGAAAUCAGAAAUGAUCAUUCUAUCAAAUGGCCAUUUGAGAUUGAGGGCCAAGUAUUUCCACGAGUUGAUGGUGCUCUGCUGUUGUACGACGUAACAAAUGGUCAAAGUGUCGCGGCAUUGCCUAAUCUUCUGAACGCCCUUACGAAAGCAUCAGUGCCAUGUAUCCUUGUCGCCUGCAAAUGUGAUAGUCCUCUUGACUCUGUGGAGGUCAAUCCUACGGUGCUAGAAAAAGCCGCUUCAUCUCUAGGCAAUGUCGAGUCCCAGCAAACGUCCGCUGGCGCUCCAGAGAGCCAAAGACGCUGCGUUGGUCUAAUUCUGAAAAAGAUCCUUGCUCAUACCAACGACCACUACAAUCCUCCUACACGGCCUUCAAGCAAAAGCACGGCAAUGGAUUCGCUCAACGAUGGUCGAUCCUCUUGUGCAGAUGUUCCAGGCACGACUCCCGAACCUGAUGGCCGUACGGGGUCUAAUCUCUCAUUGAGUCAGACCAUUGCAAGUCGCGAUGGCAGCGGUGUCGAGAAUCCCGGAAGAGUUCGGUCAGCUUCGGAAAGCUCGCAUUUACGAGCACCAAUGCACGGGAGACCCAAGCAUGGGUCAUCGAAUUCAGUAGAUAGUACAGCACGGACCCAUCUCAGCAUGGCUGAGGAGACCGAUGACAAUGAUCCGGGCCCCGGGAGCGCCCCAUCAGUAUACCAAGAAACGUCGACACCAGGUGCUUCUGAUGUUGGCUUCUCUUUCGAAGAACUCGUGGAUAGAUUACUAUCUCAACCCAUGUCAAAAGCAGACGCCAAAUUUGCGGCAGUCUUUCUCUGCCUAUAUCGUAAGUUCGCAACACCAGGUGAACUCCUCGAAUCAGUUAUUCAACAUUUCGACGCGUUGAACACUUCGGGGAUUCCACGCAUGCUUCGCAUGGCGUCACAAUUAAGAUACGUCAACGUCAUGGCACAAUGGAUCGAAGGCUAUCCAGGGGAUUUCGCCCACCCGCGAACCCAGCGCCGUAUGAACUUGUUCAUCUCGAGGUUGGCCGGGAGCAGAGUCUUCGCAGUAGCUGCCAAAGAAAUGGUGGCGCACCUGGAAACUGUAAUCGAAGACGAUGACACCGACUGGGCAUGCUCCGACAGCCUGCGGGAACGAGCGAACACGGAAGAGAGCCUCGCCCCCAGCAAAGCACCGUCUGUACGAAGUUCUUCCACUACGUUGAAUGCCCCAUAUGCAGUUGGCGAUGAGCUAUGUCGUUGCUUUACCGGAGCAACUUUAGAGGGCGGAAAGUCAGUCCGUGCUUCCAGCAGCUCUUCUGUUCGUUCUGGCUCGUCUCGACUAGCCCCUUCUGGUGUGUUUUCUGAUAGUCAGUCCCUGUCGGCGUCAAGUCCGAUCGGCGUUGCAAGACGUCAGGCAGCUCUUUUGAGCCCAAUCCCCAAAAUACCUCUGAGCAAAGUUCAGUGGCACCAGUUUAUGGAUACGCCGGAAAUAGAAAUAGCAAGAGAAAUAACGCGCAUCGACUACAUCAUGUUCUCGGCGAUUCGCCCCAGAGACCUUGUGCGACACGUCAGCAUGUCGGCUGAGCAAAAGGAAAAGUGUAGAGGUCUUGAAAAUGUCAAUAGGAUGAUUGCUCAGUUCAACCAUUUGGCCGGGUGGGUGGCGAGCAUGAUCUUGUUGCGCGAUAAACCAAAGCACCGCGCGAAAGCAAUGGAGAGAAUGAUGGAUCUUGCUUGGAAACUUCGUCAAUUGAACAACUAUAAUGGAUUGGGGGCGGUGAUUGCGGGACUCAAUGGAAUGGCUGUGUAUAGACUUGCUCAGACACGCGAGCUGGUUUCGCCGCAAGCGCAGAAAAAUUUUAUGCGCUUGGAAAUCCUAAUGGGCACGCAGAAAAGCCAUUUUGCUUAUCGUCUUGCAUGGGAGAACACGUCUUCAGAGCGUAUUCCUUUCCUCCCGCUUCAUCGUCGAGACCUUGUCUCUGCAGAGGAGGGAAAUCGAACCUUCAUCGGCGAACGAAAAGACCGCAUCAACUGGAAAAAAUUUGAGAUUAUGGGAGAGGUCAUUAUUUGCGUCCAGAAGAGUCAGAGCGCUCCAUACACCCGUCUCGUUCGGAAUGAAGAAGUUCAGCGUCUCGUGCAAGAGGCGAAAUUCCCCAAGGAUGACAAUGCCUUAUAUGAAAGAAGUGUCCACGUGGAGCCAUCAAAUAAUUCUGGCUCAAGCCUGGCUGAUAAGAAAAUUUUCAGCUGGCUUCACCAGCGCUAAGCGGCAUCGCCCUUGCCGGCAUUCGACAUUAUCGUAUCCUCCUCAUCGCCAUCUUCAAGUCCGGUUGGCUUUAUACCUCUUCAUUUUUCACCUCUUGAUGCUUUUCUGUUCCCAGCGUAAUCAUUAUAUGGCGUAUUGAUAUGGAUGACAUGAUGAAGCGGCAUCUUUCUCUUUUCACUUUUUCUUGGUUUCAUCUUGAUGGUCUUUUUUUUUUUUUUUUUUUUUUAUCUUUUGGUUUGGCUUUUCUAAUAUUUCAUAUCAUUAUUCAAUUAACUUUUGAACAUAAUAAAUUUUACUUGGAAGGCACUCUAUCGAUCGAUUUUAUUGA